AUGCUGCAACACACGGUGCUGGUGCUCAAGUCGCAGCACAAGAAUGUGCUGCGCAAGGGCCGCCCGCACAUGCAAAAGUAUAAGGAGCUGAACCGCUGGCAGCGCGAGGCGCAGGGCAUCACGAAGUGGGAGCAGGGCCACUCACACCGGCCUCAGCCCUACGUAGAGCGCUUUAAUCCGGAAGGUGUCGGCCUUACCCGCGGAACGUCAGCAUACGCGUGGAAGUGGUGGCACACACAGUACCCAUGGCUGCCCAAUGUGGCACCCGCCGACUACGUACCGCUGAGCCCUCGGGGCAUUCGCCCCGCUGCCUGGGAUGACGAGUUUGCCGACGUGGUGCUGAGCAUGAGCGACGAGGAGAUUCAGAGCUACCUCCUGGAUAAGCUGACGGAGGUGAUCUUCGCCGAGACGCAGCGCGACGGCUACGAGCUGCGCCGACUAGACUUUGAGGGCAAGCCGCUUACAGAGCUGCCGGAGCGGCGCAUCAUUGAGAACUUCGUUUUCGAGGAGGAGACGCUGCGCGAGCGCGUGCUGGACCACGUAGUCGAAGGAGUCUUUCGUCUAGUCCCCACUUCUGCUGACCGCCUGGAGCUGAAGAGCGUGGCCAACAUCAUCGACUUCGUCUUGACACAUGUGACGGUGGCCCGCAAGCCGGAGAAGCACGAGAUUCCUGAGGCGGCGCGAGCUGUGAUGCGGUCGCACCCCCUGCAGCCUCAGCUGGGCUUUGUGCACGCCCUGCCGACCGACAAUCGUGACGCCGUUGUGCAGGAAUGGGAGCGGAUGCACCACCUCCAUUGGCAGUUUGGCAAAGCCGUCUAUGAGCCGCGCAGUGCCGAGAACGAGCGUGGCAACUUGACGUGGCUACGCGAGGUCCACCACCACGAGGCACGGGAGGCGUUCCAGGCGGACGUGGACUCGGGCGAGGCUCGCCGGCGCCACAUGGAGAAAAUCAAGGCGGCCGCUCAAGCCCCACACUCCGACACCGCUUCACAGUAG